CGGAGCGGAGCGGAGCAGCAACAUGGCUGCAGAUUAUUGGGAGCCAGGAAAACCCAAGAUUCUGUCAGACUGAACCGAGCCAAAAAUAACCCGGGACAGACCGGGACAAACCUUCCCGGUGUGGAAUCCAGGCUGGCUGCCACGCCACCCUCAGCGUCACGCCCCCCACUGCCUCCCCGGCCCCCACUCAUGGAGAGGAUGAGGAAGAUCAAACGGCAGUUGUCACUCACUCUGGGGAGGGGAGGGGCUGGGGGAGGGGAAAGGACGCUGAGUGACACCAUCAACCAGGAAGUGACAUCGCACAGUGAUUCAGAGGUGUCUCUUCGUUCUUCUUCUGGUGGUUUAAAGGUUCGAGGUUCUUCUUCUUCUGUUCAGUCUCUCCUUCAGUCGUACAGCAGCUCACUGAGGAAACCUCGAGGCCUCGGACGCAGCCUGAGCUCUUACCUGAACCACACCAACAGACUGGAGAUUGUCCAUGAAGACGUGAAGAUGAGUUCAGAUGGAGAAAGUGAUCCGGCUUCUUCUUCAGAUGACGUACAGAGUCCAGUUAGAGUCAGACUGAGGAACAAGAAGAUCUCUACUGAGGACAUUAAUAAACGUCUCUCGUUACCGGCUGAUAUUCGUCUUCCUGAUGAUUACCUGGAGAAGUUUAAUCUGAUUGGUCCAGCUCUGUUUGAGCAGCCAAUCAGCAGGAGGCUGCGUAGAGUGUCUCUGUCAGAGAUUGGUUUUGGGAAACUAGAAACGUACAUCAAACUGGACAAACUGGGAGAGGGGACCUACGCUACAGUGUAUAAAGGUCGCAGUAAACUGACUGAAAACCUUGUGGCUCUGAAGGAAAUUCGACUGGAACAUGAAGAAGGAGCUCCAUGUACUGCAAUCAGAGAAGUGUCUCUGUUGAAGGAUCUGAAACACGCUAACAUCGUCACGCUUCAUGACAUCAUCCACACACAGAAGUCCCUCACAUUGGUGUUUGAGUACCUGGACAAAGAUCUGAAACAGUACCUGGACGACUGUGGAAACAUGAUCCAUGUUCACAACGUCAAACUCUUUCUUUUCCAGUUGCUGCGAGGUUUGUCAUACUGUCACCGCAGGAAAGUUCUCCAUCGAGAUCUGAAACCCCAAAACCUGCUGAUCAACGAGCGAGGAGAGCUCAAGCUGGCAGACUUUGGUUUGGCUCGAGCAAAGUCGAUCCCGACAAAGACGUACUCUAACGAGGUGGUGACACUGUGGUACCGACCACCGGACAUCCUGCUGGGCAGCACCGACUACUCCACUCACAUCGACAUGUGGGGUGUUGGUUGUAUCUUCUAUGAGAUGGCCACAGGUCGACCUCUGUUUCCUGGUUCCACGGUGGAGGAGGAGCUUCACUUCAUCUUCAAACUGCUUGGUACUCCGACAGAGCAGAGCUGGCCUGGGAUCAGUUCUAAUGAGGAGUUUGUGACAUACAACUACCCUCAGUAUAGAGCAGAGAGACUGAGUAACCACACCCCCAGGCUCAGCAGUGAAGGAGUGGAGCUGUUGUCAAAAUUCCUGCAGUUUGAAGGGAAGAAGAGGAUCUCUGCAGUCGAGUCGUUGAAUCAUCGUUACUUCAGUAACCUUGGAGUCAGAGUGAUGUCACUUCCUGACACGACGUCCAUCUUUAGUCUGCCAGAGAUCCAGCUGGAAAAAGAAACAACAAGACCCACAGCAACACCUGACACAGCAAACAGUCCGACCAGGAGGAGGAGUCUGCUCUUCUGACACCCCCAGGGCGAAGGCUAUACUAAUGGUCUCACAGGAGGUGGGAUCUGUUCUUCUGACAUCAUCUGCGGGCGGCGUCUGUCACAGGACAGACAAAGGGAAACUGAAAGGACAGGAAGUGGUGAUUUUUUUCUGGAGGAGGAAAUGCUGCUGGGGAACAGGAGGUAAAACAAAAGAAGAAGAAAACUAACAAGAGAAGAAGAAGAAGCCUAGAGACACAGUAAUUAAUCACAGCAGCCAUCUGACCAAUCACAGAAAAGCAUAGAGCUUCACCUCAGUACAUGAAGAGAUAAAGACAUGAGUUAAUGAUUUAAAGCUUACUGAACAGAUGUCUUCCAUUUUCACUGCACAGAUUUAAAACUUAAGACUCUUUAUAGGAUCCUGGAAAAAGUGGAAUUAUAUCAUGAAGAUUUGUUGUCAUAGAAACACCUGGAAACACCUGGAAACAGUGUCACUUGUGUGAACACCUGCAGUGUCUGCAGUGGAGCUGUUUCAGUUAACCCUGUUUCACUUUCACAGAGAAACAUCAGUGAUGAAACAGUAAACAAAAUGACAUCACAGUCAUUCAGAUUGAUGAUGUCACAGGUGACAGAUGGGACUCUCUUCACAUUUUUUAAAAGUAAUAGAAACACAUCAGAGAACAGGGAGGGCUGUAAUAGGUUAAUACCUUAAAUUAUGGCUGCAUUUGUUUUAAAAGCAGAACAUCAGAAUUUAUCAUCAGGUCAGACAGGAAGUGCUGCAGACAGAUUGAUUUUCACCUGUUUUAUAUUCAGAACUGAGUAUAAACUGUAAAUAACAACUGUAUCUGCAGUAAUAAGAGAGAGAAGGUCAUUUUAAAUGAAUUACUUUUACAUUAAAUGCUGACGAAGAACGUUUAUAAAAUGUAGCUCUUCAAAGUUUAAAGAACUUUAUAAUCUGUGUUUCUGCCAUAGUGCAGUACUAAAACAACAGUACAGUAUCUACAAUACGAUACAGUGUUAUUAUAAAACACUGUUCGAACAGAAAUCUGCAGAAAACAGGAAGUGACUCUUUUAUUCUGAAAGUAUGAAACUGGUUUCUGCUGUUCUGCAUGUGUGUCGUACACUCUGUCUGUAUACUGUAAUACUGUUAAUAUAAAUACAAAUACUGUAAAAAUACAGUAAUACUGUAAAUAUUACACAGUAAUACUAUACAUCUUCAGUGAACAGCUGUGAGUCAGAGCAGCUGUUUUCUCUCCCUGUGCUGUUUAUUACAGCUACAUUUAUUUCAACAGGAUUCAUAAAUUAACUUAUUGUUUUUAUUUUUGUUGUUGGUUAAUAAGUUGUUUUUCUCACUGAGACUGUUGGGAACCAGGAGAGGACAAUGUGAUGUCACCAGGGCCUCAGUGACAUCAUUGCUGUCUCCUCUGUGAACCAUAUGACAUGUCAAAGGACAGUGCUCUGAUUGGCUGGCGUAGUUCUGUUUGUCGCUGCAAAGACUGACUCAGUGCUUCAGUCAGAGCUUCACAAAUAAAACAAAACUUUGCUCACAGCGAAAAGUUUUACUUCAAAGACACCUAAAGUUUUUGUUUCAGAGCCAAGACAAUGAGCACUCAGUCAGUCGACAGCCAUUAUUCAGCCGACAGUUAGCUGACAGUUAGCCAACAGCCAUGAUUCAGCUGAAAGUCAGCCAACAGCCAUCAUUCAGCCGAUAGUCAGCCGACAGUUAGCUGACAGCCAUCAUUCAGCCGAUAGUCAGCCGACAGUUAGCUGACAGCCAUCAUACAGCCGACAGUCAGCCAACAGUCAGCCAACAGCCAUCGUUCAGCCGAUAGUCAGCCGACAGUUAGCCAACAGCCAUCGUUCAGCCGAUAGUCAGCCGACAGUUAGCCAACAGCCAUCGUUCAGCCGAUAGUCAGCCGACAGUUAGCUGAUAGCCAUCGUUCAGCUGACGAUCAGUUUUUCUGUCACAUCUGUGAUGAUUUCAUUGGAAAUUCCAGAUGUUUGGGAGUUGGAGACAUUUUUCCUCAUCCUUUCAGUUUAGAUUCAAAGUCAAAUAGAACUGAAGAUCAGGCCUAAGUUUUAGGCAGAACAAACUGUUUUUUGUGUCUUUAUUUACAGCUGACAGAAGUUUUGUCUGUGGAAACAAACUAAAACAUUUUAAACUGAUUGAGAGCCUCAUGAAGUUUUAACCUCACCUGCUCAGAGUCCAGGUGUCGGUGGGCGGGACUUAUCCACAGUUCAUCAGUUUCGGGUAGAUUUUCUUCAGAUUCUCGUUCCUUCAGACAAUUUUUUUUAAGAGUUACAAGCAUUUUUUUUUUUAAAGAGAUGUGAUGAAACAUUAGCAAUAGAAAAGUAUUGAUCAGAAGACAAUAAUGAUUUAUCAGAGUGUUAAUAUCAAUGUGUUUGACUCAGAGGAAUCUGGGGCUUAAUCUGCUGUAAAAUGUCACAAUAUGUACAUGUUUGUAUGUGAGAGGUUGGAAAUAUAAAAUAUAUGAAGAGAACACCUUUAUAUUUUAUUGUCUUCCUGAAUAUCAGUGGAUCAACUUGAUGCUGAUCAGCAGAAUCUCCACAAAUCUAACCUUAUAAAUAAUUUAUGUCCAGUUUAAAGCAGCAAUCAGACAACAGAAAUACAAUUAAAUUUCCAAAGUGUUAAAUAUCUGACAGAAACAAGAAAAUGUUGCAGUUUUUGUGUUUAAUAUUUCAAAUAAUUUAGGUCUGUUUGGAGUUUUUUAAAGAAUGAGUUUAAAAUAUUUUUUCUGUUGCUCAUAAUGAAAAUGUUUCAAUUAAAAUCCACUGACAUUCAAAGUGACAAAACAAGAAAAAGUGGAGAAGGUGGCAGUAAAUCUGAGUUCAGAGUGUUUCUGUGUUUCUGUGAAUCAAACAGACACUCUGAGUCACAGUGAAGCUUCACACAUGUUUAUGCAGAGUGUUUGUUAAUGAAUGACUGUUGAAUGUAACUACAAACUGUUGAUGUGGUCAGUAGUUUAAACUUGACUGAGUUUACAAUAAUAAUGUGUACAGAGUUAUUGAUUAUUAGAGAUAAUCAGAGUUUUUAACCUGCACGCUGCAGUGUCGUGUUGUUCUCCAGCUGCUGUUCAACUGCAGAGAAAACAGCAUUUAGAUCUGAAACUAGAUCAGCCGUCUCUCUUCAGACGUCACCUGAAUGAUCCAGACCAUUCAGUAGACCUGGUGGCCAUAUCUGAUGGAUGGAAACUAAACAUGUUAACACCUCACAAGUCAACAGGUUUGACUCCUGGUUUCUGAUUGUCACAAUAGACACUUAAGAGUUAAAACCAGCAGUUACUGUGAAAUUAAUGAAACUCCAGUCUGAUGUCUUUGGGUUAAACAGGCAGCUGUCACACAACUGACUUUCUCAUCUGUUACAUUUGCUCUUACUGUCCAUAAAUGAAGCUUAUCAAUAUCAAUCAUUUUAAAUAUUUGGAUGUUGGUGUCAAUACAAUACUAGUGCCAGCACAGACUCCAUAAUGUAAAGAUUUAUUAUCAAAAAAUAUCUGAUCAGAGAAUAAGGAUCAAACUGUAAUCCUAAAUAUGGUCUCAUUUCAGUCACGAUGAAGAAAUGACAAAAUAUCUCAGUGAACCUGUCACAAAGUUCAGAUUUGAAGAGAAGUAGAAACAGGUGUGGUUUGUUUAUUCUAGUUUAGAAGGAAUCAGACUAAUGAACUGUGGGGAAAUGUGUUUGACAUCCACAUGGAUCCAGAUGCUGUUUUCUCUGAUUUUGUAAAUUAACUAACAUGCUUUGUUUUGGUUGAUAACAUACCAAAGUUCUCUGCAAUAUACUGCACUGCAUGAUGGGAUUCUUCCAGAUAACUUCUAUGCUGUUUAUUCUUUGAAUAUUCUUCCAUCUUCCACAAAGCAGUGCAACAUAUCUGAUGCUAUAACUGAUCUGCACACUUGAAAUAUCAGUCAAAGUAUGGAAGUUAAAGUAUAUCCUGUUACUGUGUACAAUUAUGUUUACUACAUGUAUUCUGGAUACAUUUACAGUAUAUAAAUGUACAUUAAAAUUCUUUAUUUAUUCUCAA